AUGUCCAUCUCGGCCCUGCCGCUGCUGCUGGGGGUGGUGGUGGUGGGAGCCCAGCAGGAGAAGACCGUCUGCGCGGGCAUCAACGGGAUCCCCGGUCAGCCCGGAGCCCCGGGGCAGCACGGCGCCCCUGGGGCCCCCGGGAGGGACGGCAGAGACGGCGCUACCGGAGCACCCGGGGACAAGGGAGAGCUCGGGGCUCGAGGCUUGACUGGGGACCCAGGUCUGCCGGGAAUGCUGGGCCCUCUUGGCCAACCGGGGCGCGCGGGGACUCCGGGAGUCCCAGGCGCCUACACGCCGGCGGCCGGCUCCCCCGUGACGUUCAACGUCAUCAUCACCAACCCGCAGGGCCACUACAACCCCGGCACGGGGAAAUUCACCUGCGCCCAUCCAGGCGUCUACUAUUUCACGCUGUACGCGCAUGCCCAUGAAAAGCACCUCGUGAUUAUGAUCAUGAAAAACGGGGAGGUCGUCUCUAAGGUCACUGGCGUAAACUACAACGCAAUAAGUGGCAGCGUAGUGCUGAGUCUCAAAGCUGGGGACGAGGUGUGGCUGGAGUUGGAGGCUCCGUACAUUCAUUUUUUCUUCGACGUGCAUAGAGACGCCGUUUUCAGUGGCUAUAUCCUGUACUCAGAGUGAAUAGAUUUUUUUUUCAUCGGCGCGUCUGGGAAGACAGAUCAGGAACACAUUCACACGGACGCGCAUGCACCCCCCUUAAGUUUACACAAAGCUUUUGGGAAACAUCUCAGAAAAAUGCUCAACAAAAAUCUGCAAAUAUUUCCAAAGCUGUGGUAAUGACAACUAAUUUUGGGAUGUGAGAUGUUCUCACCAGAGGAAAAAUAGGCCCGGCACUUUUUCUCAGCCACCUCUCUCCUUGCCGGCCAGGGUGUCUGGGCGAUUAUGAAUCGGUUAGACAAUGCAGAGAGACAUAGCCGCUUGCACCAACUGAGAAAGUCCUGAAACCCCACCAAUUUUCCCAUCCGGCAUCGGCAGUGAUUGAGGAAAUAUUCCAGUUCCAGCUGAUAGCUUUGAGGGUUGCUCAUUGCUAACAUGGGAGAGAGAGGAGUUCCGAUCCAUUUUCUGCAAUUCCCUCAAUAUUUUUAAUAGGACACCAACACAGCUUUUUAAAUGUGAUUUGACGGCAACAGAAAGAAGGACAAUAACUCGAUUUGGAAUACUGAGAAUCUUAACAAGAUUUGGAAUGUAGUAACUAUGCCUUGGUUCGUUAUGCACAAGAACGUGAACCAACUGUGGUGGAUAAUAAUUCAUUGACAACCGAGUACCAUCAACUCUUCAAACUCUCAGCGACAGUAAUAGCACGCGUCUACACAACCCUGCAGUUCACCGACUUAACACAGAAUAGACAAAACUCCACUCGCUCACUCACUCACAAUGAACUCACACGCGCUGAUGAUGACCACGAUGGUGAAACAUACAAAAACUAGAUUCCCCGACUAAAGAGGAGCUGCCCGAAGUUAUCAACAGAAGGUGUGUACCGGAUUAAUUGCUCUCGUAGUUAAAUGCUUUGUUGGACAGACGGUACGAAACAUAUGUUUGAGAUUUAUUAAAACUUUCGUGACUGCAGCAAUUCUUUCGGUAAAGUACCGUAGAUAGGUUAAAAAAAACAUUACAAACAUUACAAUGUUUUUUAUAUGAGACUAAAAUAACACCGAAGAAAUAUUAAGUACUUGCAAACACAACUGUUGGAAUUUGCAGAACAAGCAUGCCAACAAGGGCAUUCAAUUGAUUUUGAUAACGUUGCUUUGGUUGUGUAACACUAAUUAUCAUUUGGCUAAGACUAAUUCGAGAAGCCAUUGACAUUGAGAGAAAUACAAAUAACUUUAACCGUUCUGACUGCUCCAGGCUUAGCGCUGCUUGGAAGCCUAUUAUUAAGUAAUACACCUUGCAAUUGUAUGCCUUGUAAAGGCAUCACAAUACUGAUUAACUGUGAUUAAGCCAUCUGUUCCAGAUUAACAUAAUCCAUUGUUACAGGAUUACAAUAAACACCCUCUGCUCUCUGAUUGGCUCACAGUGAUGACGCCACGUUUCUCUAUUUAAGACCGGAAGUAAGGUAGAUAUCUCUUCACAUUCUGGCAAAGUCGCCCGAUGAUGAUGAUGGUUGGCGUAAAUUGCUAGCGAAACGUCAUGGUAAUUAAAAAUUGUAAAUGUUGCAAUAGAUUUUCUCAAGCAACACACAACCGGUUAGUGCUGAAGUGGAAACUAAUUGGCCACGCUCUUUGGUUCUUUAGGCAAAGUCACGUAGUUAGAAAUAAAAUAAAAACAAAUCACGAUGUUUCGAUCGUGAUUGUUUUUAUUUCAGUUCAUUUCUAACUACGUGACUUUACCGAAAGAACCAAAGAGUAUGGAUUCCUGCAGUCACGAAAGCUUCAAUUCAAGAUUAAUUGGCCACCUUUUGUUUACGUGAAAAACCUUUACUGAAUGGGCUAUGUCGGGUUAACGACAUUUAUACUGACGCCAUUUUACUCCAAUAAAACAUCUAUCAUGAAUAAUAUUCGUGGCGAAAGCCUCCUACUACUUUGGGUUAAAUUGACAUUCAUAAAGCACAGGACACCGUCCAGUUAAAGGACCGAAGUUGAGCGUUUAGGCGUCAGAAUCCAAGUCUGCAUUGCAGCCCGGUGAACCACUACAGCCGGAUGUUGUGUUCAGCCCACGGGGUCUUAAACACAGGAGCAUUGCAGAUAGAGGCGCUCUCUCUCUCGCAUCGUGAGUUCAAGACAGCUGCACAAAGUCCCAGCGCAUGCAACACGCUCCCAGGUGGCGCAACGACCAAUUCGCUAUUUCAAUGUUGGUGGGGUGGCUAUGCAAGUUACGACUCACUUUUACUCAAAUAGCUACGCAUGUUUUUUAA